CUCUGUCUCUCUCUCUCCCUCCCUCUCUCUCUGUCUCUCUCUCUCUCUCUCCCUCCCUCUCUCUCUCUCCAUCCCUGCCAGUCUCUUUGCCUCCCCUCUUCUCUCUUUUUCACACCUGCAUUGUUCUAGCACACGCAAUGAUUUUUCUAUACAUGCUUUUACAAUGAAACUGUUUUUAGCUUUGACAUCAUAAUGAGCCCUGGGGGUAUCUGUAGAGGCAAUCAGAGAUGGCACAGAAAACAUAGCCCAGGUGUUAGAAAACCAGAGGGCAUGCACAAUUGCUUAUUUAUUGUGUGAAGAACUACUGAUAAACACUGGUGUUUGGGGCCCUUAGGAAAAUUUGCCUACAAUGUGUGUCUUUUUAGAAAAGCCCUCCUCCCCACGUGGUGGUGAUCAGGAAAGUUGGGAGGGGAGGAAGGUGUUCUAGUCUAAGUGGAAACGGCAUUGUGCUGUGGGGAGAUGGAGUGGUGCAGCUUCCCUUAAAGCCGUUCCUGCUCUCAGACUGCAGUGGUUCCUGGCAGGGCUGGCUUGCCGCCUCCGUAGUAACCAGCACGCCUGGUCCCCAUACACCAGGCAGAGGCUCGGUCUUCCGAGGAAUACCUCUGAGAGCUGGGACCUGGGUAACUUAGGACUUGUGUGUCAGUCUCGCCCCGGAAACCACAGGCAGCGCUGCGUUCUGGGGAAGCCUGCGGUGGGUGAGCGCUCGUGGCUGUUCUGUCUUGGGCUCUCGCCGUGGUCAGUGGAAGCCCUGAGGGUGGGGUGAAUGGGAUGGCAGAGGAGAGGGAAGUGUGACCUGCACGUGCGGCCGUCCCUGCGUGGCAGACCCAGCGCCGUGUGUAUGACAAGUUGACUGCGGAACAGCCGUUUGCUUCAUGGCCACCGAGUCUCCUACAGAAAGGGCAAGGGACGCCGAGGCUGCGUCUGAGGACAAGGUGCUGGCCGCGCUCCCCUGGACGUCUGUCUGACCCCCAGUGACGUUUGAGGAGUCUCAGAGCGCGAAAAUGAACUCCAAGGAGAGCUGGUGAGCUCCUGGAUCCCUGGUGCACGGAGGGAGCAGCGGCGGGUCUGGGGAACAGCCCGGAGGCGGCGGAUGAGCUCAGAGUGCCCACAUCUGGUGAAAGAGGGGAAAACAUGUAGUGACUGAAUCCAAUCAAGUGUCCCUUCUCUCAAAUUUUCAACAACAUUUCAUCAAGGAAGGUUCCAGCAGGCCCUGCAGACACAUGGAUAUCCAAGGAGCGACCUAAAGAUGGAGAAAUCAAGGCACAGAGAAAUCAAGUGACUUUGCUACAGUCACAAGCUGGGGAGGGCCAGGAUUAGCACUCCAAGUGAGCCCCACCCUGGGCCUGCAUCUGGCCAGCGGAGUCACGCUGCCUCCCUUCUCAGGAGAGAAGACUUCCUGCAAGAUGGAGGUGGACUCCGAGGAGAAGCGCCAUCGCACGCGGUCCAAAGGGGUCCGAGUUCCCGUGGAACCAGCCAUACAAGAGCUGUUCAGCUGUCCCACGCCUGGCUGUGAUGGCAGUGGUCACGUUAGUGGCAAAUAUGCAAGACACAGAAGUGUAUAUGGUUGUCCCUUGGCUAAAAAAAGAAAAACACAAGAUAAACAGCCCCAAGAACCUGCACCCAAAAGAAAACCGUUUGCAGUAAAGGCAGACAGCUCCUCAGUGGAUGAAUGCUAUGAAAGUGACGCCACCGAGGACAUGGAUGAGAAGGAGGAAGAUGAGGAGGAGGAGUACUCCGAGGACAACGAUGAGCAGGGGGAUGAGGAUGAGGAGGACGAGGAAGUGGACAGAGAGGAAGAGGAGGAGAUUGAGGAAGAAGAUGAUGAUGAUGAUGAAGAUGGAGAGGACGUGGAGGACGAUGAAGACGAGGAGGAGGAAGAGGAGGAGGACGAGGAGGAGGAGGAAGAGAAUGACGACCAUCAGAUGAACUGUCACAGCACGCGCAUCCUGCAGGACACGGAGAAGGAUGACAACAACAACGAUGAGUAUGACAAUUACGAUGAACUCGUGGCCAAGUCGCUGCUGAACCUCGGCAAAAUCGCCGAGGACGCCGCGUACCGGGCCAGGACCGAGUCGGAGAUGAACAGCAACACCUCCAACAGCCUGGAGGAUGACAGUGACAAGAACGAGAACCUGGGUCGGAAGAGCGAGCUGAGCCUAGACCUGGACAGUGACGUCGUCCGGGAAACCGUGGACUCCCUGAAGUUGCUAGCACAAGGGCACGGGGUCGUGCUCUCCGACAGCAUCAGCGACCGGGGCUACGCGGACAGCGUGCCCCCGCAGGACGGCAGGGGCAUGAACUACGUCAUGCUGGGGAAGCCCAUGAACAACGGGCUCGCCGAGAAGAUGGUGGAGGAGAGCGACGAGGAGGUGUGCCUGAGCAGCCUCGAGUGCCUGCGCAACCAGUGCUUCGACCUGGCGCGCAAGCUCAGCGAGACCAGCCCUCCCGAGAGGGGCCAGGCGCCCAGCCACGCGCGGCCCGAGGACGACUUCCCGGGAAGGACGCCCGACAGGAGCUACUCGGACAUGAUGAACCUCAUGAGGCUCGAGGAGCAGCUGAGUCCCCGGUCGAGAACGUUCUCUAGCUGUGCGAAGGAGGAUGGGUGUCGCGAGCGGGAUGACGACACCACCUCCGUCAACUCCGACAGGUCAGAAGAGGUGUUCGACAUGACCAAGGGGAACCUGACCCUCCUGGAGAAAGCCAUUGCCCUGGAGACGGAGAGGGCCAAGGCCAUGAGGGAGAAGAUGGCCAUGGAGGCCGGCAGGCGGGACAGCCUGCGGUCCUACGAGGACCAGUCUCCACGACAGCUUGCCGGGGAGGACAGGAAGCCCAAAGCCAGUGACAGCCAUGUCAAAAAGCCAUACUAUGGUAAAGAUCCCUCAAGAACAGAAAAGAAAGAGAGCAAGUGUCCGACCCCCGGGUGUGAUGGAACCGGCCACGUCACCGGGCUCUACCCGCAUCACCGCAGUCUGUCCGGGUGCCCGCACAAAGAUAGGGUCCCUCCGGAAAUUCUUGCCAUGCAUGAAAAUGUGCUCAAGUGUCCCACUCCGGGCUGCACAGGGCGCGGGCAUGUAAACAGCAACAGGAACUCCCACAGAAGCCUUUCAGGAUGCCCGAUUGCUGCAGCAGAGAAACUGGCAAAGGCCCAAGAAAAACACCAGAGCUGUGACGUGUCCAAGUCCAACCAGGCCUCCGACCGAGUCCUAAGGCCCAUGUGCUUCGUAAAGCAGCUGGAGAUCCCCCAGUACGGCUACAGAAACAAUGUGCCCACCACCACGCCGCGCUCCAACCUGGCCAAGGAGCUGGAGAAAUAUUCCAAGACUUCGUUUGAAUACAACAGUUACGACAACCAUACUUAUGGCAAGAGAGCCAUAGCUCCCAAGGUGCAAACCAGGGAUUUGUCCCCCAAAGGAUAUGACGAUGCCAAGCGGUACUGCAAGAACCCCAGCCCCAGCAGCAGCAGCAGCAGCAGCUACGCGCCCAGCAGCGGCAGCCUGAGUUGCGGCGGCGGCAGCAGCGCCAGCAGCACGUGCAGCAAGAGCAGCUUCGACUACACGCACGACAUGGAGGCAGCGCACAUGGCGGCCACGGCCAUCCUCAACCUGUCCACGCGCUGCCGAGAGAUGCCUCAGAACCUGUCCACCAAGCCACAGGACCUGUGUGCCACACGGAACCCCGAUGUGGAGGUGGAUGAGAACGGGACCCUGGACCUCAGCAUGAACAAGCAGAGGCCGCGGGACGGCUGCUGCCCCAUCCUGACCCCCCUGGAGCCCAUGUCCCCUCAGCAGCAGGCUGUGAUGAGCUCCCGGUGUUUCCCCCUGAGCGAGGGCGACUGCUGGGACCUGCCUGUGGACUACACCAAAAUGAAGCCCCGGAGGGUAGACGAGGAGGAUUCCAAAGAGAUCACCCCAGAAGACUUGGACCCGUUCCAGGAGGCCCUGGAGGAGAGGAGGUACCCCGGGGAGGUGACCAUCCCGAGUCCCAAGCCCAAGUACCCCCAGUGCAAGGAGAGCAAAAAGGACUUGAUAACAUGUCCAACUCCAGGGUGUGAUGGGAGUGGUCAUGUGACCGGUAAUUACGCCUCACAUAGAAGUCUGUCUGGAUGCCCACUGGCGGACAAAAGCAUCCGAAGCAUGCUGGCCACCAGUUCACAAGAACUCAAGUGCCCCACCCCUGGCUGUGACGGUUCUGGACACAUCACCGGCAACUACGCUUCUCACCGGAGCCUUUCAGGGUGUCCCAGGGCCAAGAAGAGCGGCAUCCGAGUAGCACAGAGCAAGGAGGACAAGGAAGACCAGGAGCCCAUCAGGUGUCCUGUCCCCGGCUGCGACGGGCAGGGCCACAUCACGGGGAAGUAUGCCUCCCACCGCAGCGCCUCGGGGUGCCCGCUGGCGGCCAAGAGGCAGAAGGACGGGUACCUCAACGGCUCCCAGUUCUCCUGGAAGUCGGUCAAGACGGAAGGCAUGUCCUGCCCCACACCUGGCUGCGAUGGCUCGGGCCACGUCAGCGGCAGCUUCCUCACACACCGCAGCUUGUCAGGAUGCCCGCGAGCCACGUCUGCCAUGAAGAAGGCGAAGCUGUCGGGGGAGCAGAUGCUCACCAUCAAGCAGCGGGCCAGCAACGGGAUAGAAAACGACGAAGAAAUCAAACAGUUGGAUGAGGAGAUCAAGGAGCUGAAUGAGUCCAAUUCCCAGAUGGAGGCCGACAUGAUCAAACUCAGAACUCAGGGGACAGCGGGAACGGUUACGGAGCUCCUACUGAAUGCAUGGGACAGAGCAGCCGUCACGAGGAUCCCGCAGAUCACCACCAUGGAGAGCAACCUGAAGACCAUCGAGGAGGAGAACAAGGUGAUCGAGCAGCAGAACGAGUCCCUCCUGCACGAGCUGGCCAACCUCAGCCAGUCCCUGAUCCACAGCCUGGCCAACAUCCAGCUGCCCCACAUGGACCCAAUCAAUGAACAAAAUUUUGAUGCUUACGUGACUACUUUGACGGAAAUGUAUACAAAUCAAGACCGUUAUCAGAGUCCAGAAAAUAAAGCCCUACUGGAAAAUAUAAAGCAGGCUGUGAGAGGAAUUCAGGUCUGAACAGCUGCUCUAGAGCAAAGGAUGCCUCUUGGUUUUGCUGCUGUAACUUGCCAGAAAGUGUUCUCUUUCAUUUCUGUCUGGAACAGUGUGAUGCUCACAAGACUUCAUAAUGAUUUUAUGUCUUGCUUUAAAGAUAGUACCUGCAGAAUAGUUUUUGGAUACAUUCACAUUUUGUACGUUUUCAUAUGAGCUGACAUAGUGUGAUAUGCCAUGUAAUGUUUAUAGCUGCUAUUGUAUGCACAUUGGGGGUAUAUAUAUUUCUGAAGAGGUAAGCGGAUCAAAAUAAAUAGAGUGUAAAUUCUUUUUAAUGCUUUAGUGAGUAAAUGUUUUAGUAUUUUGAACUGAAAUGGACAAAAAGAAAAAAAAAAGAAAAAAUAAACCCACAGCUUUGGAUGAUCACACCGUGGCCUCUGUGGCCACGUUUUAGACAUUAUCAUUUUGCCUCAUGUUGGAGGACUUUUAUGGAAUUUAAGAAAUACAUUUUGUGUGCAUAUUGUUUCAUAGCAAGAAUUGGUUGCAAAAAAAUGCUUUAUUUUUGAACACUGCUUGGAAAUAUUAUGUGAUGUUUUUGUUUGUUUGUUUUAGGAGGAUGGUGUAUGGUGGGGGCAGUGAGUGAGGUUUUUUGCAUUCCAAGGAAAUGGCAUGUGGAUUAACUGUAAGACAUGAAAAUUGUAAUUUGUUGUAAGACAACAUCCAGCCGUGGGAACUUGGCAGAAGACUCAAAGCAGCUCAAACAGCACUUUUAACUUAACCCCCAAACAUUACGUGGUCUGACUGGAGACUGCUGUUAAGACAGGAGCUUGUCAGAGGCGGACGCCACGAAGAUUUCCUUUCCCAUUCUCAAUAAACUUUGGAACAGCCUUCUCUUAUGUCCCCUCUAGUCCAUGCCCCUCUGAACUGUCUGUUCUCGCAAUGUAGUUGACCUACCAGGAUCUGUGUGUUUCCGAUCUAAGCGAAAAGAUGGCCUAGAGCGUUUAUUUCCCCUUUCUCACUUCCAAAUUCUCCUUCUUGUUGUUAUGAUUUUACACUUGAGGGAUCAAGGCGAGUGAUCUGUGAGUGUUCUGGUUCCCAGUGAGAAGGCGAUUCGGUGAAGCUUCUCGCCCAGCCCCCACCCCGACCUUGACCUUGACCAAGCACUUGGUCCCUCCCGCCACGAAGACGCUUAGGCUCUGCCUGGGUUGGAGACCAGUUGGCCGCAGAGCGUUUAGCGCGCCUUGUCUGGUUGAUGGUGACCUAUUCUAAGAAUGAAUGCAAUCAGAGUUUAAAAGUAACUAAUAUACUUCGGCACUUUUUUGCUUUAAACUAGAUCAUCUUAGACUUGUUUGUACCUUUCAGAUUUGAUUGUUUUACUCCAAAUGACUGCACUAUAUGUAUGCAUAAGACCACUUUCGAUUGCUGCGUUUCCCUCCUGCGUAGUCCUUUGAAGAUGUGUUGUGUUUUUCUGCUGUUGACUUGAUUUCCAUUUGGUAGCCUCUCUUCCUUCCAUGUCUUGAUGUUAUGCAGGAAGUACAAAAGUACUUUAAAAUUUUGUUAUGAAAUAAAAAAGAUGGGUUUUGUAAAAAUAAAAAAAAAUAUUUUUAGCAGAACAGGACUUACAGGGUCAUUGUCCCCACAAUGUGCCAGCCGACUAUUUGCACUUACCUUGUCCUAUAUAUCCGUACGGAGGUGUGCAAUUCCUUGUGACGCUGAACCUGGAUGGAUUAUAGAGGAGGCCCUCUCGGCUGACCCGCGACGGUUUCUAAGGGAGACUACAGGGAUCUCACGACAAAUACUCUGAUACAAUACUCAACCUCGGUAUAUAUAUGUACAAAUAGAUGUAUAUCCCAGCGGCACUUUAUAUACUGCUCACUGUACAAAAGCUGACAGUUCUCCACGAGGAUCGAGCCACUGGCUGGGAAAGGCCACGUCCUGACUUCGGGCUCUGCAGCGUCCUCUCUGUACAGCGCCCUCCAUCGUGCGAUCAGCCGCAGCUGCCAUGCUCAGAAUUGCCUUCCGAGAGCUGAAGCAAGGUGCUCGACGUCACGUGAUGCCAUAUAUAUAAAGUAUAUACACACACACACAUGUAUAUGGUCCAGGGCCCCGCCCCGGGGCCGCCCCCGGGAGGGCCCGCCCCGGAGGGCCCCUGUUCAUAGCGGCAUAUGCAUUUCCCCACCGCGUUGUGUCUGCAGCUUCUUUGCCGAUAUAGUAAUGCUUUUAGUAGAGUAAUAGGUAGUAUCAGUUUUGGAUUCUUCUUGUUAUCACCUAUGUACAAUGGAAGGGGGAUUUUAAGCACAAAUCUGCUGCUCAUGUAACGUUGGUACGUAAUAUCCAAUCAGAAGUCACCGUGACUGUUGUAUAGGGUCACAAGUGUCACAUGUUAGAAUGCUGACCUUUCAUAUGGGGUUAUUGUGAGUCAUCAGAGUUUAUUUAUUAUAACUUAUUGUUCAUAUUCAUUUCUAAGUUAAUUUAAGUAAUCAUUUAUUAAGACAGAAUUUUGUAUAAACUAUUUAUUGUGCUCUCUGUGGAACUGAAGUUUGAUUUAUUUUUGUACUACACGGCAUGGGUUUGUUGACACUUUAAUUUUGCUAUAAAUGUGUGGAAUCACAAGUUGCUGUGAUAAUUCAUUUUUAAAUUGUGAACUUUGUACAAAUUUUGUCAUGCUGGAUGUUACACAUCUUACUCUAAAUAAAAAGGUGUUGCCACA